AUGGUCGCGGAUGACAACCGCGAUAUUUGCGAAGGAGAAAUCUACUCGCUCAGGCAGAUUUACACCAACACUGAAUUCAGUGACUUGCGUGCAAAGAAAUUCGAUGAAAACAGAAAAUACAUUCCUCCCAUUGUUUCCUUCUACUUGGGCCCUCAAGAAUCGCGCUCCAGUUGGGGCGACACGGCGGAGCAAUACGUCGUAAAUGUUACUAUCAACCUGACAGGAGGAUAUCCAGAUGAAGUGCCGAGCAAGAUCACGGUCGAGGCGUCGAAGAUCACCGGCAGCAAGGUGGCCCAAGACGACCUGAAAAAAAUUGAAGAUGAGCUCAUGCAAAAAGCGCGCGAUCGUCUCGGCGAUCCGUAUCUACUGGACUUGUCGUUCGAAAUUCGUGAAAUUCUAUACAGGAUACGAAGCACCGGCCGAGUGAUUAGCACGACAGAUUUCACGAAGGCGCAAAAUCAAGGAAGAGAGAAAAAGGGAAUGUCGAUGUUCAGCAAUGGAAAAAGCAAGCACGAGAAAGAAUCUUUCUUCGACAAGAAUCCGCAUUUGGAAGGAAGAGUUCUUUUGGAAUUCGUCGAAGUAGAUGACGGAAAGGAAGAGCACAAGAUUCCAAUCCCUUUUGGUUAUGAAAAACGAAUGGUUAUCCACCCGAAUGGAACUGUUUACAUGGCGUACAUCAUCAAUCUCAUCCCAAAAUCACUCGAGCGUCUUGAUGAACGGACCGCCCGACUGAAGUCGUUUUCAACGAUGCUUUUCAAUCGCCUCGAAAAAGCUGCCAAAGAAGGGCAAAAAUAUUUAAUGACUCCUUUCGCGGUGACAGUAGAAUCGUCCAUCGACUUCGUCUCCUCGAAAGACUGGGACUUUCUGCGCGAUUAUUUCGACGAGAAGAGCGUUUCCCAAAGCGGCCUCAAUUCUGGCUCGCGAGUCUAUCUCAUUUACCCGUUCUUGCACAAUUUCAAGUUCGCCGAAGCAAGGAAUUACGAUCAGCUACGAGCCUUGGCCAAGGACUUGUUGUUCGCUGUAGAUGCUUUGAUGAUCGCUCAAGUUGCGCAUGGCCACAUUUCCGAGAGCUCAAUUUUCUUCAACACGGAUAACAAGACGCUGCAGCUGGUGGGGGCGGGGAUGAAGCAGCUUGUCAAGCAAGCUACGGAGCUUGGUUUCUUCGUCGUCGGUUUCCAACAAGUCGAAAACAUCAUGAACAACUUCGAUCUGGCCAACAUCGCCGGCGUGCUCUCCCGCGUCGCCAGUGGCCUCGCCCUCAGUGGCGAAGAGAAGUCUCUUUUCAACGCGUUCAUCAGCGAAGCAACAGAACGAAAACACGUCAACUCCCAAAACGUCAAAGCGCUCAUGAAUCAGCGAUUUUUGCAACGAAGAAAAAGCGAAAACAUUCAAAAUGAAGCGCCGUCGAGUUUGGACGAAAGCUUCAGCCACGAAAGCGAAACAGCGGAGAAUUUCACGAAGGACGAUCGUUUCGACCAGGGCAUCAUCGGCGCAGGCGGAUUCGGCUCAGUGGCGCGAUUGAGGCAUAAAAUUGAUGGUCAAAGCUACGCUGUGAAGAAGAUCCCGCUGCCAAAGAAUGAGCGUCUUUCGCAGAAAAUUUUGCGGGAGGCGAAUUUGCUCUCAAGACUCAAUCAUGAAAAUAUCGUCCGAUACUAUCACUCCUGGAAGGAAAUUCACGAAAUAAAAGGGCUUCUCCCUGCUCGUUCCAGAACUACCUCAGAGAUGGAAAAGAGCGAGCGGCUGCGAGACGAGUCCCUUUUGGAACUGAAUCAACUCAAGUUUGCCUCGAUUGCUGGAACUUCUUCUUUUUACAACGACGACUUUUCAGGCGACAUGAGUGGCUCAGACUCUGAAGAGAUCGACUUUUCGACCAAAUCCGAAUGCUUUACGAGCGACGAGGAUGAAGAGGAGGAAAGCUUAUCGCCAGAAGCAGCGGCUGAGCGAAGAAGAGUCCUCUCCGAAUCCCGUCGCGGGAGUUGGAAACUUUCUUUUUGCGAAGAAGAUGGUUCCCCGUCUCCUCAAGCGCUCGAGUACAUUUUCAUUCAAAUGGAAUUCUGCUCCAAUCGAACUCUCAAGGACGAAAUUUCCACAGAAUCGAUCCCUUCCGAACGCGCCUGGAUGAUCGCUAGGGAGUGCUUCGAGGGCUUGAACUAUAUUCAUUCGAACAAGACGAUUCACAGAGACCUGAAGCCUGGAAACAUCUUUCUCGAUUCAAAUCGUCAUGUGAAAAUUGGCGAUUUUGGCCUCGCCCGGCACGCUGGAACGGAAUACAGAAUUCAACGAUUCAAUUCUAGCAAGGAUUCGGACAAGACGUCGCUGGCUGGAACUCCGUUGUACAUUGCGCCAGAGUAUUUUGAUACAAAGAGAAAAUCACCCAUAAGCUCGAAAGUCGACAUGUACGCUCUUGGAAUCAUUCUUUUCGAAGUCUUUCAUCGGAUGCCAGAUCAAAGCCGAGAGCGAUUGGAAAAGAUCCUCAAGCUCAAAGACGAAUAUAUCUUCCCAGAAGAAUUCAGCUCCGAAGACAAGGACGCGGAGAAGAUCAUCAUCGAGUCUCGAAGUCUUGCCGAUAAAAGUGCGCUGCUCGAAGAGUCAGAAAGCCACAUUCGCGAGGUGCAAGAGUUCAGCCGCGCGGCUUGCCAAAAACAGUCUUCAAAGUCAUUCCAAGUCAUUCUCAAAGAGCUCUUCAAGCCCACUCCUUCGCCCAAAUCGCAGGUCGAGUUCAUUCGCGACGAAUUCGACCGGUUGAAUGCCCAGAGCAAGUGUCCGCCAACUGGCUUCAUGUUUCAACAAAUCUUCAUUGCUAAAUUUGUCAGCAGGAAAUAUCGCUUUCUCGAUCUGCCUAUUCUCAACCCUUUUUCAACCACUUCGAGUAGCUCGCCCAGGGUUUUGGAAAACAGCGGAAUGGUGGUACAUUUAUCCGACGCUCAACGAUACGGCCUCCAAAACUACUGCGUCGCCACCAAAACUCAAAGCGACCGUCUUUUCCAACUCAUCCCAGUCUUUGAAGGUCUCUACAGCGACGGCCAACAUCCUCGUCAAAAACACACGCUUCGUCUUUCCCUCGUCGACAGCCUCUACCGCCAUCAAAUGGUCGAAUUGCUAUCCCUCUUCCACAAUUGGUUCGAACUGUUUCCAAACCAAAAGAUUCAAAUCCACCUCAAUCACGUCGAAAUUACGAAAAGCAUCAUCAGCUCCAUUGCCUUGCGCGGGGCGGAAAGAAUCAAAUCCCAUUUGGUGAAAAUUUCCCAAAAACGAAACUUCCAACGCUCGACGAUUUUUAACUUAUCACGUGACAGGGCGUUUAAACGAAUGAUUGGCGAAUAUCUUACGGAUGAAAAGUACAUCACUGCGUUGAAUAUUUAUGACAUCAAGACUUCUCGGCAGAGAAUUCUUCCUUUUCUCAAAUCGAAUUCUUCAAGAGCGGCGUAUGAAGCACUGGAGGCGAUUUCCGACUCUUUAUCCACCAUCCUUCCUGACGUUGAAGUUUUCUACCGACCAUCUUUGCUACCGACUCAAGACUCCGUGGGCCUCACUUUCCAGUUAGUGGGAGAGCGUGAUAGUCAGCUGCGCCCAGGCCAAAACGAUACCUUCAUCGUUGCAUCAGCCACGGAAUACGAAAUCAAAUCAUCAGUAUUUCCCGUCUCGCGACUUCUACACGCAUAUUCGCUGGAUUUCUUCAUCGACGAUCUUCAAGAAUCAUGUUCUCCCGUCCGUUCUCUCGCUUGCGAACAUCCCAAAGUGCUGAUUUACACCGACAAGGCCGAUCUUGCUCGUUUGGCGCUUUUAACUUUUCUGGAAAAGUCAAACCUACGAGCUGGAAUCGUCGAUCUUCCAAGCUCUCUCCCGGCGAAAGAAACGAAGGAAGCGGCGUUGAAGGAGGCGAAAAUGUGCUCCGCUCCUUUGCUGAUUUUCCUGUCGAUUGAGAAAGAAAAAGACCUGCAGUUGAUCGAGAAAUUGUUCGUUUUCGAUGUCAAUGAGCAUUUGACCUCGCGGCGGCCUCACCCUCCGACGGAGUUCACCAGAAAAGCGCAGUCAACAAGUCGUCUGGACUCCAACGAUCCUUUCAUCUACAGCUCCGUCGCCGACGAUAAAAUCUGUAUCUUCGACUUUCUCUCUUCGAAAAUCGCGUCGAUUGCUAAUUCCGACUCAGAAAAUGCCAGACAGAGCUUGAGAAAAUCUGUUUCCUCGACGACGACCAAGAUUGUCGAGGAAGUUAUUUAUGUGACGCUCAAAGGGGCGAAGGAACAUAGCAAGCCGGGGAAAAGUGCUUGGAAAAGCUCGAUGCAUAAAGGAAUCGAAGAAGCUAUCAGUCACCAUCCUCUUUUGUCUAAGAUGAAAAACCUUGUUCUUGUCGUCUCGGAUGUCACUGGUCAAAUAAUCCGCUCUCUGGUCAGCCAACUUGAAAUAAGACCGAUUCAAACGGGCCACACCGAGAACUCUUGGAAGAUCACUGCUUCGAAGGAACAGAUCUGUGGCUUCCUAAAUGCUCCAACAACAACGCGAAAACUAGUCGAAAAAAUGGUCGAUGCGAUCAACGAAAUGGGCGCUAAAGGACGGACAGUUGCCGUCGGCUCGUACGAAGAACAUGUUUACAAACUAGUUCACUAA